UAAGUGCUGGAAAUCUCGAAGAAUCUCGUUGCAAAUAGGAUUCUGUUUUCAGCAACUUCAGGCAAAAUAAAUGCUAAACUACAUUUAACGUUACGAUGAAAACAUAUUUAAAUUUGAAAAAAACAUGUGUAAACGUUAAGAUUAUUUUCUUUUAAUCUUAUUAAUUAAAAUAAAAUAAAACAAAUAAUAUUUUUUGAGUAAUAUAUGAAUAUAGUAAAAAGAAUGUAGUUAAAAAGUUAACAGUGAUGCAAUGUUUAUUAAUUAAAAUUGUUCAUACAGCAGUAUUAUAAUAGUGCAAUUAGGAACAAUCCAAAAAUAAUAUAUUUGGUGUUAUAUUAUAAAUGGCCCUAUUAUUCACAAGCAUGUGGGAUUCAACAAUGUUUUUGAGCACCUUAACCCCAAAAUUUUAUGUUGCACUCACUGGAACGUCAUCCUUAAUUUCUGGAUUGAUUCUUAUUUUUGAAUGGUGGUAUUUUAGAAAAUAUGGUACAUCUUUUAUUGAACAAGUAUCUUUAAAUCAUAUUUCACCAUGGAUUGGUGGAGGUGACAGUGGAUCAGAUGGAAAUAAUUCAAGUUUAAAUGGUUCAAAUUCAAAUCAACAAAAUGUUCCAGAAUGUAAAGUUUGGCGGAAUCCAAUAAAUUUAUUUAGAGGAGCAGAAUAUCAAAGAUUUUAUUGGGCUACAAAUAAAGAGCCAUUAACAUAUUAUGAUAUGAACUUAUCUGCUCAAGAUCACCAAACAUUUUUUACCUGUGAAGGUGACACAGGUAAGGCUGAAUAUGAAAUCAUGCAAACUGCAUGGAGAGAACGUAAUCCUGUAGUUCGAAUAAAAGCUGCACAUAGUGCUCUUGAACGUAAUCCUGAUUGUGCACCUGCAUAUAUUUUACUUGCCGAAGAAGAAGCUACUACUAUUAUAGAAGCAGAAAAAAUUUUAAAACAAGCCUUAAAAGUAGCAGAAAAUAAUUAUAGAAAAUCUCAAAGUACUCAACAUCAAGGAGCCAUUGCAGAAGCAAUACACAGAAGAGAUACAAAUGUAUUAAUAUAUGUUAAACGAAGAUUAGCUAUGUGUGCAAGAAAAUUGGGCAAAUUAAAAGAAGCAGUAAAAAUGUUUAGAGAUUUGACAAAGGAAGUUCCACCAAUUAUGAAUGUGCUAAACAUUCAUGAAAAUUUAAUUGAAGCUUUAUUAGAAAUGCAAGCAUAUGCAGAUGUUCAAGCAGUAUUAGCAAAAUAUGAUGAUAUUAGUUUACCAAAAUCUGCAACUAUUUGUUAUACAGCUGCAUUAUUGAAAGCGCGAGUUGUUGCUGAUAAAUUUUCAACAGAUAUUGCUAGCAAAAGAGGUUUAACUACUCCAGAAAUGAUUGCAGUUGAAGCCAUUCAUAGAGCAGUUGAAUUUAAUCCUCAUGUACCUAAAUAUUUAUUAGAAAUGAAACCAUUAAUUUUACCUCCAGAACAUGUAUUAAAAAGAGGAGAUUCAGAAGCAAUUGCAUAUGCAUUUUUUCAUCUUGCUCAUUGGAAGCAAAUGGAGGGUGCUCUUAAUUUAUUACAUUGUACAUGGGAAGGUACUUUUAGAAUGUUGCCUUAUCCUUUAGAACGAGGACAUUUAUUUUAUCCAUAUCCAACUUGCACAGAAUGUGCAGAUCGUGAAUUGCUACCAUCAUUUCACGAUGUUAGCGUUUAUCCUAAAAAGGAGUUACCGUUUUUUAUUUUGUUUACAGCGGGUUUAUGCUCCUUUACAGCACUCUUAGCUCUCUUGACACAUCAAUAUCCUGAUACUAUGGGUGUAGUUGCACGAUCGAUGCUUGCCUGGUUUUCUCAUCCAUUUUAUUACAUUUUAGACAAAUUAGAAGCAAUUUUACCUUCUAAUUUAUUACAACAGCUUUCUAGAAUAUAAAACAGUCUAAGAUCUCUGAUUAUUAGACUGCGAAUGUUUAUAUAAACGUAUAUCUUUAUAAGAAACAAAUAGAAUAAUAGGAUAACAAAUAGAAUAAACAAAAAUUUGUUAUUUUAUUAGACGAUUUAAAAAAUAUAUUUAUUUUGCAUUUUAUAUGCAUAUUUUUUGCAUAUUCAAUGCACAUUCAACUGUAUAUAUAUAUAUUAUUACUUCGUUAUAAUUUUAAUCGCAUCUCUCACCCUGUAUUUUGCACAUAUGUAUAUGUAUAUUUUGAUAUAUUAUACCAGCAUAAACAUCCGCAAUCUAGUAAUCUUAACUCAUUGUGAUAUUUAUGAUACUUAUGCUUUCAUUGUCAUACAUCAAUUAAGUACAUCUGUACUUCCCGAAUUUCUUAUGACUGAUAUCUUUUAAUAUCUAUGUAUUUAUAGAAUUAAUUAUUUAGUUAAUAUCGAUAGCUAAAAACAGUGUGUAGUAAUGUACAAUUAAUAAAAGUUUGAAUAUCUUUGAA